UUGUUAUCAUUCCUCACUUUCCACUUUUCCAGUCUCCGCCUCUCGCCGGCUUUCACUCUCUAUCUUCUGCCCAGACUGCCCUCCCAUUCUCACUCCCUCACUCUCACUCUCACUCUCACUCUCACUCUCAAACAAUGAAAGUCUAAAAGAUCUAACAUCUCCUUCGCUGUUCAAGCCUCCAGUCUCCGCUCUCAUUUUCGGAGUUUUUUUUCCAGUGACCGGCCGAAAGGGGUACUGAGCUCGGUAAGCUCCCUGAAGGACUAAAGGGAGGCCGAAGCCCGAAAAUUAGGCAUUUUAUACAGCUACCCAGUUAUAACCAGCAGGCUUAGCUCAGGCUCCUCAGCUUUAGAGGAGGCUUUGCAGUUGUUUUGCAACGAACAAGAUAUGGCAAGACAAGCACGCGCAUUUCAUCCUGGACCAAUAGACCCAACGUUGCUACUGUGUCAGGAGACUCACAGAUCUAGGGCAGUGUGGAGCGAUCCAGACUAUGAUACUGUGGUCAGAGUUGCUCAGUAUGAUGUGCUUACAAGGGAAAAUCAACAGGCCUGUGAUCCUAGGAUGGUGGAGUACUUGCGGCAGGCGGGCUUGUUUGGGGUUUCUCACCUGACAACAAUUUUAGUGGAUCAUGGACUUAUUUCGGCGCUUUUAGAACGGUGGCGUCCCGAGGUCCACGCAUUUCAUAUGGCCUUCGGUGAGGUGGGUAUAACACUUCAAGACGUUGAAGUGUUAUUUGGUCUUAAAGUGGAGGGGUUACCUGUUACCGGGUAUGACCAGGGUUCCGUAGAGGGUUGGCAGGCUCUCUGUACGGAACUGUUAGGAUUCACUCCCGGUUUACAAUCCAUUAAAGGGAGCAAAAUUAUGUCAGCAGCUAUACCGGAAGUUCCUCAAUUAACCGUCACGAGCACAGACGAAGAGGUGCAAGUUGCUACGCGGCGUUUAAUUUUUCAUUUGUUAGGAGGGUUUUUUUUUACCGAAACAAGAAAAAGAUAUGUAAAAUUAUAUUUAUUACCUUUGCUGUGGGAUUUCUAAACAUUCGGUAAUUACAGUUGGGGCUCGGCUGUACUAGCUUACUUGUACAGGGCGUUGUGCCGAGGUGCUGACUAUCAUGCUUCCACGGUUUGUGGAUGCAUGGUUUUACUGCAAUUAUGGGCAUGGGAGCGAUUGCCCAUGGUGAGGCCACAAAGCGUUUUGCCUGUCGAGCAGUUGGGUGAUUUGCCACUCGGUGCGAGGUGGGUGUGUUCUUGCGGAUAUCGCAAUGUGACCUCGCACGUGGUCCGGACAUAUCGAGACCAAUUGGAUCGCACAUACGAACGCAAUUUUGAGUUCACUCCCUACGAUCUAGUUAUGCCCAUUUUGCCCGAUUAUUGCAAAGCCGGGGCACGCAUGUGGACUGCAGAAGUACCACUCAUAUUUUAUUUUAUUGUUGAGCAUCAUUAUCCUGACCGCUUCUGUAGACAAUUUAGUGGCUUUCAAGAUGUGCCUCGGCCAGUGCAAUAUCGUAGGGACUUGCACGGUACUAAUGGGCGUACUAGCAAAAAAAUUGUAAAUUGGGCACAAAAGCACUUUGAUUAUUUGGAGGCAUGGUAUAAUUGGGAAGACCAUGUCAUCCAAAUGCAAGAGCCAAGUGGUGAAAAAAAAGUGAGCGAUGCUUACAUCUCAUGGUACCUCUGUUGUGGUCGUCGCCAGAUUGGUAAACCUGAGAUAUCCUCCUCUUAUACUGAAUUGGCAUAUGGGCUGCUUUGGGUGGGUCGAAGAGGGAGACGCGCCCUAGAUAAUCCUAAUCCUGCUGAGAUUGAACAAGCCCGCAGGGAGGUGACUGAAAGGAUAGAACAACUCCUAGAAGGAGUAGAAGCGUCGCCGUACGCAUAUUUGUUGCAUGUCCCUGAUGAGAUUCUAAACACUGCCCCAAACCCAUAUGAACCGAUUCAGGAUAAUCGUAGGAAUUUACAGCGUGAGAGCGAGCAGCUUGAAAGAUGAAGCCGGCACUAUCAAAAUCUCUAGAAAAGGUGAAAAUAUGGAACAUUUUCCCAUUACGUGUAUGGAUAUAAAAUUCAACUACAUUGCCAACAUGUACGUUAAAAUAUCCAUGACUGCACUUUGCAAUGGAGAAAAAUGUGAGAACUGAAGAAAAAUGUUGCCUUGUUUGCUGGUGAUUAUUGGUUGUUGACACACGUAGAGAUAUAUGUACGUAUAUGUUUCGUGUUUUGUAUCUUUUCUACAGGCAAUACUAUUGCUUUAGAGGUGAGGAAAAAAAAAUAUCAUACUAAUACUAACAAAAAGUUAAAUGAACAGUGGAUUUAUUGCAUUGAAGCGGGUGAGUUGAGUUUGCAGAUUUUAUUACACACUCCGUGUUUUGUAUA